CUACUAAGUUGAUUGCGAAACGCGCCCACAGUCGUCAAAUUAAGUUGCGCCAGUCCGUGAAGUUGGCUAGUGACUGGAGAUGCAUGGAGUAUAGGGACCGAAACGAACGAGCUGUUCGUACCUCGAUGGUUUUAGUUCGUGCUACAGUGAUUGGAUAGAGUGGGGGAAUUUGGAUGGAUUUUCAAUGCCGGCACGGCGACUGAACUCCACAAUAACAAAAAAAAAAAUGCUCUAGUGAAUUGAAUCAACAAACAAAAUAAAUAAUCUGAAGCCAUUGGAUCCGAGAAAGAAUUGAAUAAUUCACCUGAAUAUAUUUAUGAUAUUCACAUUCAUGGUGCUUAUAGCUAAGAGAAAAACAAGAUAUCGGGAGAAACAUCUGACAGACUAAGCAUUCUCACGAAAUUCAGGGGUGAAUUGAAUGAACCACCAAAAUGGAUGAUCUGGGCUAGGUUUAUGACCGUGGUAACCACCUUCGUGAAGACAUUUACGUACUGUUUGGUCGGAGAUGGGCAGUUGGAGCUGUCUUCUAAUCCGUCCAGCAGUAACGAAACCAGAGUCCUCAACAACACCAACUAUGGCACGUCUGAUCGCUUCAGUCGUUACUCGAGGAGCUCCAGAACGUGGGCAAACAGGGAAGCUGGAAGAGAUAGAUGGACACAUCGUAGACAUCAAUACCCAGAUGGCUAUUCAAAAGGAAAAAAUCAUUGAAAUCUGGAACGGAGGAAAAGAGAUUGAAAACAAAGCACAAAAAUUGUGGCUGAGAUGGAUACUCGCCAACGUCCAGUCUAAACAAAAUAACAAAAAAUGAUGAUGAAAAAAAAUAACAUUUAGAAAUAAUGCAGGAUUAAAAACGAUUGAGUAUAAUGUCACGACAUUUUUUGAAACUGUAUGUGCUGUUGGCAAUUGGGUAGGAGUGGGUCAUGUCAGGGAGUCCAUAGGGGAGUUCCUGAUCCAAAAAGAAGCUGGUGAUGUCUCUUGGAGCAUUCGUUCUCGAGCUAAUCAGUGAAACCGAAUCUUGGACAGAAAGGUGAUUUCGUGGGAUUUUUGAGGUUUCAGUCGCCGUGCCGGCAUUGAAAAUCCGUCCAAAUUCCCCCACUCUAUCCAAUCACUGGAGCACGAACUAAAACCAUCGAGGUACGAACCGCUCGUUCGUUUCGGUCCCUAUACUCCAUGCAUCCCCAAUCACUAGCCAACUUCACGGACUGGCGGAACUUAAUUUGACGACUGUACAUCCUGUUACAUUCAGGCUCUGUCUCUGGCCAUGGACAAUACUGCCGAUCUUCAGUGAACAACCCAACUAACUCUGAAACCACCAUCGGUAAAGAAGAUUCAAUUUUCUUCUCCCCUCCACAAUCGCCAUUUUCCUGUCUCUGACGUUCAAUUCGAUAAUUUCAAUUUUUUUCCAACUCGAAAAAAAACAAUCGAUGAAUCAACCAUUGGUAAUGACUGACGCGUGUGCAACUCGAAAACAAUAAAUGAGUAAACAAAUAUAAGUGUUAUUGAGCUUGGACGGCGACAAUGACAGAUUACUGCGAAGGAAUAAUCGAGUGUUAUUCCAGUGGUGGUUGAUAAGGCGGCUAGUACGGAGAAAUGGGGCCACGGAACUUCAAGACUUGGCCUGAAAAAGCUUGGAAAUAAGUCAAGAUAUUUUUAGCAUUUGUGGCUUAUUGAGGUUCAACUGGGGUGGAAUUGUGUUUUGAGGCUUUGCGACAGUCACAAAUUAUUUACUGAGAAAAAUAUGUCGGGUGGUGAGAGAAAGAAACGUGGAAGUGAUAAGGGACAUGGCUGGGAAGAAGCUGGUGCGGAAUUUUAUCAGGAACGUUAUCCCGCUGCUACCGAGGCGGAUUUGCAGCAGGUGUUGCAGAGAGAUCCCUCGCACAUUGCCACGCUCCUUCCUAGCAAAAAAUCACGUGUUGCUACAGCCAAACGAAUUAGGAAUGAGCCCAGAACAACGCUCAGAAGACGCACCAGCACUCGUUCACGUGGCACAGCACGUACCAGUACAGUACGACGAAUGUCAACAAAUGUUCCUGAUGCUCAGAAUAUGUCAAUGCUCCCAGAUUUAUCCGAGAAUUUAUCGAAUGAGGAACGUACGUGGGAAGAAAUUAUGCAAAUCAAGACGAUGCCCGUCUGCAUGGCACAAAAAAUUCAGCUCAAGAGGCAACUACAGAACGCUACAAAGCUCCGACUACAAGGCUUUGAGCAGCUGAAAUGGCAGCGCAGGAAAGCCUGGCAGCAAUUCCAGAUCCGUCUAAAAGAAGCCUACUCCAAGAUGGAAUUAUGGAGUACUUCCCUCAAGAAGAUCGGUGGAAAUUUCGGUAUGGGAAUCGUGGCAUACUUCCUCUUUAUAAAGUGGUUGAUGUAUCUGAACAUAAUCCUCUUUAUCAUAAUGUUUUGCUUCAUUUCCCUCCCAUCAAUCGUCCUCACCCCCUCCCCUGAGAAUUGCACUGGAAACACCAGCAGCAUCGCCUGUUGCUCGGAGACAUAUCUGAAUGUGUCCCAUGAGACGAGCAACAUAAUCGACAUAAUGCAGGGUGGUAGUCCUCUGGAACGAACAAUCCUCUUCUACGGAGUCUAUACCAACGAAAUAUACGGAAGAUUUAAUGACGAAAUCCACUACAAUCUUCCAUUAGCCUAUAUCUGCACGACAAUAAGCUUUUUUCUCAUAAGUCUAAUCGCAAUAGUUCGAUCAGCAGCCAAAGGAUUCAGAGAACGAGUGACAGAAGGUGAAGGACAAUUUUAUCAGUACUGCAAUUUAAUUUUCGGUGGAUGGGACUUUUGCAUCCAGAACGAAAAGUCAGCUGACAUAAAGCACAAAGCCCUCUACAAUGAGAUAAAAGCGUUCUUAGAAGCUGAACGAUUGGAGGAAGAAAGACAGAAUCGAACGAGAGAGGAAAAUAUUAAACUUUUUCUCGUUAGAUUAAUUGUAAACCUUUUGGUGCUUGCAGUCUUAGCAGCUUGUGGAUUAUUCAUCUAUUACAUAAUCGAUGUUUCCUUUGAUAGAGUCAGCAAUCCAGUCAUCGACUCAUCUGAGGAAACAGGUUACAUCUCUCUGAGGAAAAUAACACAAUUACUCUAUGAAUUUCUUCCUUAUAUCUGCAUCGUUGGGCUCAACGUCAUUGUUCCUUUCUUAUUCCGAUAUCUAGUGGCACUGGAACAUUAUUCUCCACUUUUCGUCGUGAGAUUGACACUAUUCAGGAUUGUGUUCUUACGAUUAGCUUCAUUGGCACUUCUGCUGACGAGUUUGUAUAAGAUCAUUGCUGUUAAAGUGGACGAAGAAAAGUGCACUAAUGUAGAGGGACGACGUCCAGUCUGCUGGGAGACUUUUGUAGGCCAGCAAUUCCUUAAAUUGUAUGUGACCGAUUUGUUCACUCAAUUCUUUGUGACUUUUUUCGUCAAUUUUCCGAGGUCCCUGAUUGCCAGACACACAGAGAACAAAUUGCUGCGGUUCAUUGGAGAGCAGGAGUUUGAUCUGCCUCACCAUGUGUUGGAUAUUGUUUAUUCACAGACUAUCUGCUGGGUUGGGACAUUUUUUGCUCCUCUACUGCCACUUGUUGCAGCUGCUGGGUGCUUCUUAUUAUUUUAUUUCAAGAAGUUUGCAUGUCUGGUUAAUAGCACGCCCUCGAGUCAUGUUUACAGGGCGAGCAGGUCAAAUUCUUUAUUUAUGUUUGUGCUGCUAGUUUCCUUUAUUCUUGUGACUAUUCCUGUGGGGUAUUCAAUCGCUGAAAUCGAGCCUUCGAAAUCGUGUGGACCUUUCAGGGGUCUCGGAACUGUUUGGAGUUUCUUUAUUGGAACUUUCGAACAGUUCCCUGGGUGGAUUCAGUCGGUGCUGUUCUUCCUGGGGACUGCUGGCUUUGGCAUCCCUGCUUUUAUUACUUUAUCAUUACUUCUGUAUUAUUAUUAUGCGGUUUCCAUUGCGAAUAAACAUAUGGUGAUUGUACUGAAGAAUCAACUAGUACUUGAGGGGCAUGAUAAACAAUUUUUGUUAAAUAGACUCAGUGCUUUUAUCAAGCAGCAGCAGGAACAGUCCAAGUAUCAACAAGAUCAGUCGAUUGAUUUAGGGAAUUUUAACUAGAUUUAGAAUUUGCAAUAUGAAAGGUAUAGAUAUUUUCAAUCAAUUCUUUCGAGAAUAUCUUCGAAACGAAUGGCUUUAACGGGAAAUGUUCAAAAAUAUUUCGUGUAGUACUUAAAUGGAAUUUGUCCACAAGAAAGGUCUUUUGGUGACAUCGGAAUCUAUUAUGGAUUAACAUCCUACUACCCUUUCACUAGUAUUUUUGACAGAUAAUUCAUUUCAUCUUAGAUAUUUUUAGCGAAAGAGUCAUCCAUAAAUGAAAGAGAUUUUUUUACAAAUAACAGAAAUAACUGAAACCAAAAAAUUUCGACAUACUUCAACAACGUCAUAGUAUUUUCAAAUCAGUGGAGUUCCUUCAUUUUUUGAAACAGUUGAUGUUUCGCAAUGAGAUCCUAUUUACCAAAUUUACAACUCUCACAUUCUAAUUACACGAUAUACAUAUUGAAUUCUACUACAUUGAAAUGAACAAACUAGAUUUCCCAUAGUACAAUCUGAAUUCCACAUUGGAUUAUUCAAAUUUGUAAAUGUACAAUUUGUUGUGUGCAAUUCGACAGAGAUAAUUUGAGCAUGUGUCAUUCAAUAAAAACGAAAAUCCACCAAUCCAGGCCCGAGUUACAUGCAUUUUGUGUGUUUCUUGAAUUGCACAUGAAUUAUGUAUGUCGAAUAGCAUAAAAUAAAUUAAACAUUUUCUAGCAUAAACGCUACACCGUACAAUUCAAAUUGCCUAAUACAAUUUAGUUGAAUUAAAAAUGGACAACUUGCAAUUACAAUGUGGGAUUUAAAUAUCCUAUAGACAAAGUCUUAAUGCAAAACACCCUAUGUAUCAAAACAUGAACGAAAACGAUGGUAUUGUGACGUUUGGGCGUUUUUUCCGAUGGGUUAAAAAAUAAUCUAACAACCAACGAUGAGAAAUCCUCGGGUCGCCAAGCUGACCCUCUGCUUCGGCUAAGUGCUCCGGUCGAGCUCACGAGGAGUUCGCUCACUUUAAGGAUGUAAAUUGGGAGAAUAAACUCGGGAUAAAUGUCUUUAAAUAAGAACACCGCUCGAAUGAUUAAAUGAUAAUAUAAUAAGUGAUCCUUUUAACGUUAUACAAGACAACGUAAUAAACCGGGUUCAGUGUAACGCGUUAUUAAAAUUAUUCAAAAGUUCUCAGCGGAAGGACCGACUAUCCUGUUUCGCCUCUGCCCGUGAUCUGCCUCAAUUUUGGAGCUGUAACUAGUUGCUAACCCAAAACUGCAAAUUAAGCAUUCUCACGGUUUUAAACUAAGACAGCCAUGCUGCUGUCAUUGACGGUCUCCACACAGUCAAACAGUUCCUGAACGGAAACUGGACUCAGGUAACACCGUGAGACUGCUUAGGUAAGGCAGUCAGUGUCUGAAGAAACUGAAAUUCUUUCAGUUUCUAUCCACUUGAAAUAAAAUGGAAAAUAUUAUUUCCUAAAAUAAAAUAACCGACGUAUAGACUGGGUCCAUACGUCACAGUAUGCAACAGGUAAUUUUGCCAGAAAAAUGUUAUGAAAAUAUACGAAAUUUUCCAUUCUCCAUUUCUUUGCAAUUUUUUUAUUGAUUAAACUCAUAAAAAAAUAUCUUGCCGGAUACAGAGUGUAAAUCGAAAAAAAAUCCCAUGGAGAAAUUAAAUGAAGCGAUAAAUUACGCUUUUCGGAACAAUGAAAAAUACAUUUUCAAAGUGAUAAUACCAAGGACCUAUUUUGCACACUAGGAUUAACGAUAAUAUCCAUGUAAUUUAAUUCAUUAAAUUUGUAAAUAAUUUGAGAAUUGAAUUCAUAUACUCACAUGAGCAGUUGGACGGCUGAUUACAACUGAUACAAGGCUUUAAAUAUCUAGUGAUAUCAAUCGAAGAGAACUAGAGAAAUAUAGAAUUCAUGAUCUCAGAUUUAUCAGAAUAAUAACGAAAUACCAUGAACUUUAUGUGCAAUAUGUGACGAUAUUUAUUAUUAAUGAAAAUAAUAGUAUAUUUCUA